AUGAGUCACAAACGAUUUAUGAAAUAUCUUCCAGCAACAAAUAAAGAAAAAAAAUUGAGAAACACUCAUGAAAUUCGCAACUACUUUCAUAAAAAUACUCUUAAAACAAGACUUAUUUGUAAUAUUUGCAAAGCAAAUUAUCCUUUUGAUACGAAUUUGUCAAAUAUUAAAAAAUAUUUUGCUAAAUAUUACAAAAAAGAAUAUAAUUUAGCUAUCUCUAAAAAUGAAAAACGAAAGAAACAGAUUAAAGAAAUUAAUCAAAUUCAACGUAAAGAAAAUUCUAAUAAUUUAACAAGACAAAAUAAUGAAACUUCAAUUAUUCAAACAACACCAAUACUAGCUCAAAUUGAAAAUUUUAUUGAAGAUGAUUAUAUAACUGAAGAAAAGAUUGAAGAAGAUAUUAUUAGCAGAAAAACUUUACCAGUUGUUCAAAAUAAAGAAGAAAAAAUUAUUAAAAAACAAAAAAUUAAUACUAUUAAAUUAGAUGCUAAAGAUAGUAUUAUUAAUUUUAAUAUCCAAGAUGAAAUUAGUUUUCAUAUUGUAGGAAAAU